UUCAUCUGCUAUCCUUCUCCCCAUUGGCCUCAUUCCUCUAUAGAUAUCUUCGGUGGGGCUGUUUUUCUUUGUUAGUGAGUUUUUCUCAAACUCCACUGUUCACGCUGGCGGGCACCAUUCCAUCUAAAGGAGAGGAGGACUUUCUAACGCUUGCUGCCUCCCGGCUCAGCCGCCGCAAGCGUGUCAUUGGAGCGGGCGUGGGUGUGGCCAUGGUUCUGAUCCUCCUGGUCACCAUUCCUUUACUGGUCCACAACACUAAAGGAGGAGGAGCUGGCGGUGCAGGAAGUCAUUAUGAAAUGCUAGGAAGUUGUCGGAUGGUUUGUGACCCCUACACCACUCCUCAUGGCCAGGAGCUAACGGCUGUAUCACCCGCACCUCCUGAUUUCCCAAACCGGAGAGGGAAAUCUGGUUUUCGGGGACCACCGGGGAUCCCUGGACCGCCUGGCCCACCUGGAGAACCUGGAAAGCCAGGUCCACAAGGGCCCCCGGGUCCUGGGCCUGGCGGUUAUGUGCCGUCGUUCUACAGCCCUAAGAUUGCAUUUUACGCAGGCCUGCGCAAGCAACACGAAGGCACUGAUGUGCUGAAAUUCGAUGAUGUGGUGACCAAUGUUGGCAACUACUAUGAGCCCAGCACUGGAAAGUUCACAUGCCCUCUGCCUGGUAUCUACUUCUUCACUUACCAUGUCCUGAUGAGAGGAGGAGAUGGGACCAGUAUGUGGGCAGACCUCAAGAAGAACGGACAGGUGAGGGCCAGCGCUAUCGCCCAGGAUGCUGAUCAGAAUUAUGACUACGCCUCCAACAGUGUGAUCCUGCAUUUAGACGUGGGAGAUGAGGUCUGUGUGCAGCUGGACGGAGGGAAAGUCCACGGAGGAAACACCAACAAAUACAGCACGUUCUCUGGCUUCCUCAUCUAUGCUGACUGACCUGCUCGUGAUGCUGCUCAACACACUCAAAUAUACUGUGUACACACACACACACACACUCAUAGUUACCUUCACACACUGAACAGGCUUGAAAGAAAUGGACAUGAGUCGAAGGGCUUCACAGAUGAGGGCAAACAAUUCCUUACAUAAGCAGAUUUCCAACAUGCUGCUAAUGUGUGUAAAUUAUAACUUACAUUAUACAAUACUCCCAAACGUGAAUUAAAAUGCAUAAAUAUAUGUCUAUAUCUAUCCUUGACAGUGACGCUCAUAUUUUAAUGUGUGUACUUGUUGGUGUACUUGUCUCCAUUUUGUGUGUCAAUCGAAACCUUCAAGAGAGAUUCAAAGUCACUCUCUAUAGUCGACAUGCUUUAUGUUGAGCUGAGCUGCAUUUACACAUGGCUAGACUUGAAGCAAAAUCAGUGCGUAUAUCUGCUUUUCACUCAAUAGAUGCAGCCGUAGCUCAUUACAGGCAUGUAUAUAUGCGUACACACACAGAGCAGGGCUAUUGAUUACUCUAAGUCCUCUUGUUCAAUUCAUUUGACUGUUUUGCCUUUCUGAAUUGGAAAUAUGGCUCUUAACAGUAUUUUCACUCGCUCUAAUAUUAAUAUAUCGAUUUAGACAUUAGACUCUUCAAUAGUCAAAUUUAAACCAGUACAAUAUGUUUUAAUCAUAUAAAUAAAUAUGAUUAUUUAAUAGAUUUUAAAGCGGAGGAUGUUGAACCCGUCUGCGUAAGUCUAAUAAAAUAUAAUACAAUGUAAAACUAAAUAUUACAUUCUUGACAAUGAAUUAUUCUUUUAUAUCUUAUCAGCAUUAUGUUAUAUAGAGAUUAUAGAUUUGAGUACUAUAAAAGUCUAAGAAAUUGAUUUAAUUUCUUUGAAUAUAUUUCAAAUGUAGUGACUGCAUUGCAUUUAAGAGGUCAAUACACUUUCACAGUGAUUGUUUUAUAAUAUGUUUUAUAGAAGUUAUACAUUUAUAAAUCAAGCUUAUAUCUAUAGAUUUUUCUGUGAGAAUCAUGCCGGUUGCUAUAUUAUGAGUCCAUGUUUGAAAGACAAUAAUGUGUCCUCAAACAAUUUAAAUGAAAUUUUACUAAAUCUAUAGCUUGUAUUAAUUCAUCUUUGUAAGAAAUGCAGCAUGAAGUCAAGCCAUGUGCAAAUACACGGACACAAAUAUACAGAUAAAAUGUCAAAACGUCAAAAACAUUCCCUAUUCACAAACAAUUCUAUAAUAAAUCAUAUACAAAUCUA